AUGCUGACGGCCGGCCGGGCUUGUUCGUUCCCGCGGUGCGGCCGAUCUGCAGACAUCAACUGUCUGAACAUUACAGUUCUUGGUUGCAAUGAUUUCUAUUCUUAUAGAAAGCAGAUUGAAGCACGUGGUCUUCCUCUUACUCCGGAGGUAUUGCUUUCAUUGCCUCCAUUCUCUUCAAUUACAUUUAACUCAGAGGUUGCUAAUGGAACAACGACUGGAGAGAAAUGUAAACCUGAAGUAGCCAAAACUGGACUUGGGUCAUCAGCUGCCAUGACCACAUCAGUUGUUGCAGCUGUUCUUCACUAUCUUGGUGCCGUUAACCUUUCAUGUCCGGGACAAUCUUCCGGUGAUAAUGCAACUGGACAAGAUCUUGACUUGGUUCACGCUAUUGCCCAAAGUGCACAUUGUAUAGCACAAGGGAAAAUUGGAAGUGGUUUUGAUGUUAGUGCUGCUGUCUAUGGGAGUCAACGCUAUGUAAGGUUUUCUCCAGAAAUACUCUCCUCGGCUCAGGCUACAGGUGGGACUUCCUUGCCAGAUGUAGUAUCAGAUAUUGUUACGCAAAGGUGGGAUCAUGAGAAUAAACAGUUUUCAUUGCCUCCUCUGAUGACCCUUCUCCUUGGGGAACCUGGAACCGGAGGAUCAUCUACUCCAUCAAUGGUAGGAUCUGUGAAACGGUGGCAGAAGUCUGACCCUGAGAAAUCCAAAGAUACGUGGAGUAAACUGGCCAUUGCCAAUUCAGCGCUGGAGAACCAACUGAGAAUCUUAAAAGGACUUUCUGAAAAUCACCGGGAGGCAUAUGAGUCUGUGGUGCGGUCCUGUAGUCAUCUCACGUAUGGGAAGGUGGCUACUAACCAAGAUCAAGAAUUAAUUGUUAGAUCAUUGUUGGCUGCAAGGGAUGCUUCCCUUGAGAUAAGGCUUCACAUGCGAGAGAUGGGUAUAGCAGCCGGUGUUCCACAAAUGCUUGGAGCUCAGUUGGCGUUCUGCCACUUCUUAUUCGAGAAGACUGCCAUGGUGUUUCUUUGGAAGAUGCUGACCCAAGAACAAGGGAGGUGUCAGCAGCUGUAUCGUCCAUUCAGAUUAAUUGAUUCUACUGUUAAUAGUUCUAUUUAUGUAUCUAUGGUGUACCAUUAUUUAUUCUCUCGUUCUUUUAGAAGUACCAAAUUGUGUCGAAUGCUAGGAGGUCGUGCGUUGGCUUCCGGGGUGAAGAAACAGAGGGGGUAUAACUGUGGAAUGAAGAAACGACCAGAGUCCAAAGGCUUUUCUAUCAUUUUGAUUUUUGAGGUCGUGGAUUCCGGAAGUGGUCACUGCCCAGCUGGGUGGAAUGUUGCCUAG